AUGGCGGGGACGGGCAUGGGCAUGGGCAUGUGGGUGGUCAUGGGUAUAGUCAUGGGUGAGGGCGAGGGCCUUGGGGGUCAGGAUCUGGGGCCGGGCAUGAUUCCCAAAGUACUAGAGCCGAAAUAUUCGGGCAUGGGGACCAAGGCAGCUCGUGAAGCCAGUCUGAAUGACAAGACCAUAGAUUCGGAGAGACUACGCGUGCAGAUUACAGUUCCUGAGAAGCUGCGCUCAGUAACCAGCGAAGGCUUGGAGACGGAAGUGUCCUACAAAAUUGCAAUUGAAGGGACAACAUAUAUUGUGAACCUGACACAAAAAACUUUUCUACCUCAUAAUUUUGAAGUUUAUGGCUAUGAUGAAGCAGGAAUUAUGAAACCUUUAGACGAAGAGGUUCAGAAUUUUUGCUACUACCGAGGAGAUAUUGAAGGCUAUGCAAACUCUUUGGUGAUCAUUACCACGUGUACUGGACUCAGGGGCUUACUGCAGUUUGAAAAUGUUAGUUAUGCGAUUGAACCCCUGGAGUCUUCUGUUGGUUUUGAACAUGUGCUUUAUCAAGUAAAACAGGAAAAUAAAGAUGUCUCUCUCUACGCUUCGAAAAAUACCAGUUUUAAUAUGACCUAUAAAAUAAAAAGUGUAAAGCCAUCAGCAGAAUUCUAUCAGUACAUAGAAAUGCAUCUUAUAAUUGAAAAAGAUUUGUAUAAGUAUAUGGGUUCUGAUACAGCUGUUGUCACUCAGAAAAUUUUCCAGAUGGUUGGACUGAUGAACGCUUUUUUCAGUUCCUUUAAUCUUACAGUAAUUCUGGCCUCACUGGAACUUUGGACAGAUGAGAACAAAAUUCCAACCACUGGAGAUGUCAAUGAGUUAUUACACAAAUUUCAAGAUUGGAAAAAAUCUUACCUCAUUUUACGUCCACAUGACACUGCAUUUUUACUUGUUUACAGAGAAGCACCCAGUCACAUCGGGGCCGUCUUUCAAGGAAUGGUGUGUGACAAGGACUACGGGGGAGGCAUUGCCCUGCACCCCAGAAGCAUGAGUCUGGACUCAUUUGCAGUUAUUUUAGUUCAGUUACUGAGCCUGAGCAUGGGAGUCCCUUACGAUGAUCCUAACCAAUGCCACUGCCCGGGAGCUGUCUGCAUCAUGAACCCAGAAGCAAUUCAUGCCGGUGGUGUGAAGAUCUUUAGUAACUGCAGCAUGGAAGAUUUUGCACAUUUCAUGUCCAAGCAAUUAUCUCAGUGUCUUCAGAAUCAGCCACAAUUGCAAAUGGCUUAUCAGUCGAGUACUUGCGGCAAUGGGAAAGUGGAUAGAGGGGAAGCCUGCGACUGCGGAACAGUGGAGGAAUGUGAUAAGAAGCCACCUCUCUGCUGUGACCCUACCACGUGUCAACUGAAAGCUACUUCAAAAUGUUCCGCAGGGGACUGUUGUGAGAAUUGUGAGUUCAAAAGUAAAGGAGCAGUAUGCCGGGCUUCCCGUGAUGAGUGUGAUCUCCCUGACUUGUGCAACGGGUCCUCUCCAACAUGUGGAGAAGACCUCUUCAUUCUUAACGGGCACCCAUGUGAGGACAGUAAAUGGAUCUGCAUGAAUGGGAGGUGUCUGACUGGGAAGGGGCAGUGUCAAGAAGCAUUUGGUGAAGGUGUAAACUUUGGUGCAAGUGAUUGUUAUGAGCAACUUAAUUCUAGGAAUGAUAUUUCUGGAAACUGUGGUAUAAGCAGAGACGGGAGUUACACACCAUGUGCACCUAGCAAUCGGAAGUGUGGAAAAUUAAUAUGUACAUAUUUUAAGGGUGAAAUAAACAGAAACAAGUUUGCCACUACUAUUUAUGCCAACAUAAGUGGAUACAUCUGUGUUGCUCUGGAAUAUCCUCUGAAUCAUAAGGAUAGUAACAAGAUGUGGGUAAAAGAUGGAACUGUUUGUGAUACAAAAAAGGUUUGUAGGAAUAAGGAAUGUGUAGCUGAUUCAUAUUUGGGUUAUGACUGCACACCAGCAACUUGCAACAGAAAUGGUGUAUGCAAUAACAAAAAGGUAUGUCAUUGCAAUCCCGGAUUUUUACCUCCAGACUGCAACACCAGAGCCUCUCCUUUGGUUGGUGCACGAUUUGAACCUGAAAGGCAUUACAUCGAGGGUGCUUACCCGACCAAGCUGAAAAAGUGGCCAUUUUUCUUGAUCAUUCCUUUUUUCAUUAUUUUCUCUGUACUGAUUGCUAUAGUGGUAAAAGUCUAUUUCCAAAGGAAGAAAUGGAGAACGGAAGACUAUAUAAGUGAUGAGGAUCUUCAAAGUGAGAGCGAACACAAAGAUUCCAAAGAGAAGUCUGGGUAGCAAGGAUUCUGUGAUGUCACACAUUUAUCUUCAAUGGACAGAAAAACGUGGAAAAGAAAAAAUAAGCACUACCCGAUUUCCUGGAAAUCAAACCUGCAUA